UAUAAGACAUGUCUGUUGCUUUGUGAGUAAUCAGACAUGCAAAUAGCCCCUCAAGAAUCAAGCUAAAUUUAAAGACGACUUACUUAGAAACGCGGGAGAGUGUAUCAUGGAGUUCAGACUUGAGGGGAAAGAAAAAUGCCAACAUAGCUUGAAUUUACUGAACAAAAUUAAGCACAUGAAAGAAUUAGCAGAAAUGGUCGAUGUAGUACUCAUAGCAGAAGGAGAGAGAUUUCCUUGCCACAGAUUGGUCCUGGCUGCCUUUAGUCCUUAUUUCAAAGCCAUGUUCACCUGUGGACUAGUUGAAUGUACUCAGAGAGAAGUGGUACUCCAUGACAUCACAGCAGAAAGCGUGUCAGUUAUAUUAAAUUAUAUGUACAGUGCAGCAUUGGAGAUCAAUAAUUCCAAUGUACAAACUGUAGCUAUGGCUGCCUACUUUAUGCAGAUGGAAGAAGUCUUUAGUGUGUGUCAAAAAUAUAUGAUGGACCACAUGGAUGCCUUCAACUGUGUAGGUAUCUAUUACUUUGCAAAGCAGAUUGGAGCUGAAGAUUUAUCUGAUCAAUCGAAGAAAUAUUUAUAUCAGCACUUUGCGGAGGUGAGCUUACAUGAAGAGAUACUCGAACUUGAAGUGCACCAGUUUCUGACGCUUAUUAAAUCAGAUGACCUUAACAUUUCCAGAGAGGAGAGCAUUCUGGACUUAGUUCUGAGGUGGGUAAAUCAUAACCAAGAAUUGCGCAAAGAGCAUCUUGUUGAGCUUUUGCAGCAAGUCAGAUUGGAGCUUAUAAAUCCUUCUUUCUUAAGACAAGCCCUAAAGAGGAACACAAUGCUUCUAUGUGAUGCCAAUUGCAUUGACAUCAUUCAAAACACAUUCAAAGCCUUCAAGACACCCCAACAACACCCUCUAAACCUUCGCUACGGCAUGGAGACGACUAGUCUUUUGCUUUGCAUUGGCAAUAAUUCUUCAGGAAUCAAGUCAAGACGUAGGAACUAUGGGGAUGCCAGUUUUUGUUAUGACCCUGCAUCACGGAAGACCUACUUUAUCUCCUCUCCCAAGUAUGGGGAGGGUUUAGGAACUGUGUGCACUGGUGUUGUCAUGGAAAACAAUGCUGUAAUUGUGGCUGGAGAAGCAAGUGCCUCUAAACUCUCUAGACAAAAGAACAAGAAUGUUGAAAUCUAUAGGUAUCAUGAUCGAGGAAACCGGUUUUGGGAAAAGUUAUGCACAGCUGAAUUUCGAGAGCUCUAUGCUCUGGGCAGUGUCCGUAAUGACCUCUAUGUUAUAGGAGGACAGAUGAAAAUUAAAAACCAGUAUCUUAUCACAAACUGUGUCGAUAAGUACUCUGUAGAACUGGACAGUUGGAAAAGGGUGUCCCCCCUUCCACUGCCAUUGGCCUGUCAUGCUGUAGUGACAGUGAAUAACAGACUUUAUGUGAUUGGAGGCUGGACCCCUCAGAUGGAUCUUCCUGAUGAAGAACCUGAUCGAUUAAGCAACAAACUGUUUCAGUAUGACCCCAGCCAAGAUCAAUGGACAGAGCGGGCACCCAUGAAGUACUCUAAGUACCGAUUCAGUACAGCUGUAGUCAACAGUGAGAUUUAUGUCUUAGGGGGAAUUGGCUGCGUGGGUCGAGAUAAGGGCCAGGUUCGAAAGUGCCUUGAUGUGGUGGAGAUAUACAACCCUGAUGGGAACUUCUGGAGAGAGGGCCCACCUAUGCCAAGUGCCAUGCUUUCUCUUCGAACCAAUUCUACCAAUGCCGGAGCAGUAGAUGGGAAGCUCUAUGUCUGCGGGGGAUUCCAUGGAGCAGAUCGCCAUGAGAUUAUCUCCAAAGAAAUAUUGGAGUUGGACCCAUGGGAAAAUCAGUGGAAUGUGGUAGCCGUCAAUGUCCUCAUGCAUGACAACUAUGAUGUCUGCCUGGUGGCCAGAAUGAAUCCUCGAGACCUCAUCCCCCCGCCUUCAGAUUUGGUGGAAGAAGGCAAGGAGCACUGAGGUUCUAGCUGUUAAACCAGGCAGGAGAGAUGGGUCCAUGGAUAUGAGCCAGUUGGAAGCCUACUUCUGCCACCAUAAAGGGGGGCCCAGUUAGACCCAAGGUAGGUUGUCCCCUAGUAGGCUAGGCAGGGCAGGAGCCAUGCCUGUCUCUCUGCAGUUGUACCCAAGUGCCCACUGCAGUGCCUGGCACAUAGAGGUCUUUGGGUAACCCACACAGAGUAGCAAUUAUUAGUCUGAGGGCUUGGUCUCUGAGCAUUUCCAGGAAUCUGAGUUAAAUGAGUUCAUUCUUCUCCCUGCUCGAGGGUCUUCUAAUCCAUGGAUUCUUUUUCUUGCCGAAAAGGCAGAGCAGUUCUUCCCAGUAAGGGCUGUACUGGCUGGUGGUGUUCAUGGUUGAGGAGCGCCCCCACAGGUCGCUGUUUGCUUAAGCUCCUCUUAAUGGGACCCC